GUCCCUCUCCUGUCGUCCACCCCCACUCUUUCUCAGUUUCCUUUCACGAACCUUUCUGAUCUUUUUCACAUUUGUAAGAUAAACAGAACAAAAGAAAAAAAAAAAAAGCCUAAGAGAAUCAAAAAAGGAAAAAAAAACCUGUGAAGGGAAGAAGUUUAGAUUUUUUUUUGCAACACCAGAUCUGAUUUUUUAAAGGGUUUUAUGACAUUUACAACUUUAUAGCAAAAGCUGCCUCAGUUGAACAAUCACACAUUUUUGUUAUAUUCAGUUUAGAAUGGAAAAUGGAUUGUCAAGUUUCUGGGGUCCUGUCACAUCCUCUGAGUGGUGUGAGAAAAACUAUGUUCACUCAUCUUACAUUGCAGAGUUUUUCAACACAAUAUCCAAUGUUCCAGGCAUUCUUUUGGCACUCAUUGGCCUCGUUAAUGCCUUAAGACAACGAUUUGAGAAGAGGUUUAGUGUCCUUCACAUAUCUAACAUGAUACUUGCCAUUGGGAGCAUGCUAUACCAUUCCACACUGCAGCGUAUGCAGCAGCAAGGUGAUGAAACACCAAUGGUCUGGGAAAUGCUUCUAUAUUUUUACAUCCUCUACUCACCAGACUGGCACUAUCGGAGUACAAUGCCUACUUUCCUGUUCUUUUAUGGAGCUGGAUUUGCAGUAGCCCAUGCUCUCUUUUGCUUUGGUAUUGGCUUCAAGGUGCACUAUGUCAUUCUCUGCCUUCUCUGCAUCCCUCGCAUGUACAAAUACUAUAUCUACACUAAAGACGUCUCUGCAAAGCGACUUGCAAAGUUAUACGUAGCAACUUUGUUCCUGGGGAGUAUUUGUUGGCUCUCUGACAGGGUGUUCUGUGAGGAGAUAUCUGGUUGGUACUUUAACCCCCAGGGUCAUGCUUUAUGGCAUGUCUUCAUGGGCUUCAAUUCAUACUUUGCCAAUACAUUCCUGAUGUUUUGUCGCGCUCAGCAGCGAGGAUGGGAUCCUAAAGUUGUCCACAUCUUGGGUUUUUUCCCUUAUGUCAAGAUUCAAAAACCAAAGAGCCAGUGAGGAAGCUUGCUGCACGAGUUGUUGUCUCUUCCCCCUUUUUACUCAGUCACAGACAUAGGAUUCACAAUUCAUUUGUACCUUGUGUCGUAAAGGAGAAACGAUGAUGUAAAUGAUAGUUUAAUUUUGAUUUCUAUGGUAGGACAUUGGCCAUUUUUGACAGUAAAACUAGUGUUUUUGCAUAGCAAAGGAGAAUGGAAAGUUAUUUGAGCACCAUAUCCUCUUAUUGGCUCAUCUAUCCCCAACUCACAAUAACCCAACCAUUCUUUUUAAAUCAUGUAUGUAUUGACAACAAGCAUUACAGAAUUUACUGCAUUUGUGAUGGAAAUAGGAAAACAAUUGACUUUUUGUUGUAUUCAACCUAUUAGAAUUUGAAUUAUA